AUGAUUAGAGUUAAAAGAACAGACGGAGUACCCAAACAUGAAGUUAUCGAAUUAAGGAAAAAGUUAAGAAGUUUAAUAAAUACACAAAAUUCUAAACCGAUAAAGGGAGUAAUGCAAUUUGUAGCGUUAAUCGAUGAGAGUUUCAAGUGUUUAGAGAAACAAGGAUUUCAGUAUAUUCAAGAUGAAGCGGCAAGAACAGCGAUUGUAUGGAAAGAUGGAGGACUCAAAAACGAGGAAGAAACAACUCAUACUAACAUCAAUUAUAUCAAUUAUUGGAACAAUCAAGACGGAGAAGUUAUUGAUGAGGAGGAUAAGGAAGAUGUAAUUAGCUUGGAUGCAUCAGAAUUCGAGUUCGACGAUGAAAAAUCAUCGGGAAUAGGAUAUGAAAAGAUGGAUUGGAUAUAG